AUGAUAAGACUGUCAAUACGCAAGGUGCAUCACGCAUCCAAGGAAAUACCAUAUCAAGCUGUGCCCCGAGGUAAAUACAACCCCAAAAGAUCAGCAUUCAAUUUCAAACCCAAGCCAAUAGACGGGCUAGUACACAAUCCACCUGCUGCUAUAAUAAACCCAUCAAUGCAAACCCCAUACAUAUUCCUUCCACCAAACGACCCUAGGCGAGAGCUCGCGAAACAGUAUCGACUUUCUGAAGAUGUUGUUGCUGACAUGCCGGUAAUAAGAGCAUUCAAAGCACCACAUGAGAGAGAAUACACUGUGACAAAAGAAGUUGUUGAUCAAAUCAAACAAUUGAGAAACGAAGAUCCCGAACGUUGGAAUCUCAAAGAGCUCAGCAAGAAGUUUGACAUUGAAUUAUCAAAACUAGUGUACUUUCUUAGAAGCGACUUGCCCAAACUGAACAAACCAGAAGACAAAGCCAGUGUACCUAUGUAUGUGUUGGAUAGAGAAAAGAGAAGACAGAUGUGGAUGAAGAAUAUCUAUUGA